AUGAUUCUUGAGGGCUACUGUCACGCUCCUUUUGGUCCUGGCGGUUUGCGGGCAGCUUUACUAAGCAACAUCAUGCUAACCUCCUCAGUCAGUUGCAAUGGCCUUCCACCCGAUCUGGAGUUUACUUUAGACGAGAUCAGCACCGAAUUGGUCAAAUUGGGUGUGAAAGAGACCUCGCCUACGCGAUUGGCUGCUAUCAAGGCCGAUCUUGAUACGCUCAUUGCUCGCGACCUUGACACUUUUUCUAUCAGUCUCGACAAGGAGAAAAGUGCCACCUCGCGCUCAAGGUCCAACUCCACCUCCUUUUCGUCCGAUGGCGCAGCAACUACUACAAGUGACUCUGAGGCGAAAACCUACUGCCGAUCUCCUCAACUGAUGGAAGGUGAGGAAGACAAGGGGAAUGAAGAAACGUACGAUCCCGAGGAGACCUCUGGGGAAAGCAAUACGAUCUCGUCAGAUUUUGGGGAGACAGCAUGUUCCGGAAGUCGAAGCCAUAGCUGUUCGGGUAAUUCACGCCUCCUCUGGAGAUUCAACCAUCAAUCCAAAAUUCCUGCUCCUUGUGAUGUUCCUCCCAUGGGCAGAAGGAUUUAUGGGACUCGAGCUUCCCUGAGAUCAAGCUCUCUGGAAAAUUUGGACUAUGACCGGAACCUCUCAUCCUCCUCUUCUGUGUCCACUAGAAGACCCUUGACAGCAGGACGUACGAGUCGGCGGGCCGGAGGCGGGGUGAACCGAGGUGAUCCGGUGUCGCUGUGGCGCCUCUACAACAGUCAAUGGGAGCGGCAGGCGCGCGCCACGGCGGUGAGCGAACGCGCCCUGCGCUGGUCCGUCAAGGCCGCUAUGGCGGUGCGUGAGGUGCCACUGCUAGCUGCCUCGCGUCGAUCUCUCCACUUCGGCCCCUCCUCGGAGUCCGCACAAGGGGGACAGGUUCGCCGUCUUGGCGAGGAGAUGGCUAGUCUGGAGGUUGAGAGAGAGGAGCACACGAGACACCUACCCCGGGAAUUUGACCUACUCGAAGACCUUAGAAUGGAAGCCGUAGGAAAGAAGUCGAUGUAG